AUGAUACGGCCCUUGGUUUUUCUUUUCGUUGGCUGGGUGACAGAAGGCUUCUGCCUCUCAUCGCCGUCAGUUUUGGUUAAGGUGAGACAGGUGCAGACGGAAUCCGACGUGACUGCCUUGGCAGAUCUACGCUACAACGAGUGGAUAGCCAAUUUAGGGCCAGACGCACCGUCUGUAGAAGCUUUUCGAGGAGCCACAGCGGAGCUUCAGGCGGAACGCGCUGCUGGUGGAGCCUUCAGCUUUAUCGCUUGGCAAGAUCCACACCAAGUCGUAUUAGGAGCUGCUGAGUUGAGUCCAUUGGAGAUAGAUGGCGCCUUAAAGAUACCUGCCGACAAAAUGCUGUAUGUGACGGAUGUGGUGACAGCGCGCCAGUAUCGCAGGAAUGGGGUUGCGGCAGCAUUGAUGAUGGCAAUGGAAGAUGAAGCACGGAUUCAACAAACGUCCUAUUUGUUGCUGCAUGUGGAAGAGGGCAACGAAGCUGCCUUGUGCUUUUAUCGAACUCGAAUGGGGUACAUCGAUCCAACAUCCGAUCUUCUAUCGCGUAUCGAUACUGAACUUCUUCAUAAGAAUACAAACACCUGGGGCCAAACUGUCCUUGCCAAAAAAUUGUAA